CUCCUCAGAUGUGCCAUGUACACGGGCAGCAGGUCACCACUUCAUAGCAGAUGCCCGUUCUCGAUUCCUUACUAAGGACCAUCCCAGGGAAAAUGGAGUUCGAAAGCCAGAACGGGCCAACAAUGAGGAAGAACACUGCGUAAGAAUAAGAAAAAAAUCCAUAGUUAUAAUAGAAGCCGUGAAUCCUCAUCUAUCUAUGGCUGGUUUUACACAAGUAUUUCUGCACUUUGAACUCCUACCGGCCUGGCGGAAGUUGAAAAUCAGAAAAUGCAGUCUGGAGUGCUGGUGUGCAGCCUUAGCCAAUCAUAGCUCAUCUCACACUGAACUGCUCUGGGCUGUGUGUAGCAGAGUAAGGGAGGAAGUUCUCCCCUGUAUGGCUUCAGAUGAUGUCACGCCUGCUGGGGAACGCCCCUUCCCAGUCUGUGAAUCUGAAUGAGACUGAGCAGAAAAUACAGAGCAAUAUCAAGUGAUGGCAUGCUGAUUAUUCCUCCUGGUUUCUUAUGUUGGGGUUAUCCAGAAUAGUGUUAACCCUGUGCCCCAGACCCUCCUGGUACAGACAUGGGGACCCCAGUAAUGUCUGCACGUGGUGGUAUAGUAUCCAGAGGCGCACAAGGAUCAGGGGCCUGGUAAUACCGCCUCAGGGUGACACCAACACAAGGAGCUCACGGGGGGCACAGGAUUGCAUAAGUAACCCUAAUAACCUCCAUUUAAGUUCCUGGUUUUCGGCAGAAGCGAUGGAGAAGUCAGAUGAGCGGAUGGAGGUUGUACUCCUAUCUACGGGCUCUUUUAACCCUAUCACUGUGAUGCACUUGCGACUGUUUGAGUUGGCGCGUGACUACCUGCAUGGGACGGGUAAAUAUAAGGUUGUGAAAGGUAUUAUCUCUCCAGUGAGCGAUGGGUAUAAGAAGAAAGGGCUUGUCGAGGGAUCUCACCGCCUUACCAUGGCAAGACUGGCUACUGAGAAUUCUGACUGGAUAGAGGUGGACCCCUGGGAGUGUUCCAAAAAGGAGUGGACUGAGACAGCAAUAGCAUUAAGACAUCACCAGCAGCAGCUGCAAUGUACUGAUAAUGGGGAGAUCCCGGAGAAGAGACCUGCAUGUAGGAAGGGUCACAAGAGGAAGAGAAAUAACAUCGGUCAAGAUAUUCCAGACCAUAACUGCCCAGAGAAUAAAGCCCCCCCUCAGGUUAAGCUUCUUUGCGGAGCCGACUUGCUUGAGUCUCUCGGGGUCCCCAACCUUUGGAAACCCGACCAUGUUCUUGAGAUCGUGUCCUCCUUCGGUCUUGUCUGUAUCACCAGGAUGGGCAGCGAUGCCCGCAAGUUCAUCUACGAGUCCGACAUCCUGUGGAAACACCGAGACAAUAUCCACCUGGUGGAGGAGUGGAUCACCAAUGACAUCUCCUCCACCAAGGUGCGGAGAGCCCUACGGAGGGGCAUGAGUGUGCGGUAUCUGGUGCCCGAUCCUGUCCUAGACUACAUCAAGAAACAUGACUUGUACAGUGAGGAUAGUGAGGAGAAGAACUCAAACCUCAUCCUUGAACCUUUCCUGAGGAACACCAAGAACCCUCAGUAAUGGUUGACCCAUUGCCUGCGUCUUCACUUUUGGAAUUUUUUAGGAGACACCUAACAUGUCGGCCUUAUUGUAGAAAUAGCGUCUAUUGACUCGCUACUGAUUUCUUGUGGGUUUGUUGCAAAUUUUUAGCAAAUCCACAGUGUGUGAACUUACCCUUCUACAAUAUUUCUUAUGUUCCUGUAUGAUGGUCUAAGCUGCGUACACUUACCUCAUCCUUUUUAUUUCUUACUAUUACUGGUGGUCCCAUGAAAGGACAGAAAGGGCCCAUUUGUUCCUAUAGGAAAAACUAAUGCCACCAACCACGCCUUCCCCCUUGUUCAGUUAAAGGGGGGGAAAUGGGGCUUAACAUAAAUAUUUUUGGUGGGACGGAUCCUGUAGGGUAGGAUGGAAAUCUAUUUUCUAUUUUAAUAAAGCUGCCAAGGAUGGACGGACAUUUACCCUGCUCUUAUAGGUCACAGCACUUGGACAGGAGGGGAGCUCAUGCGAGGUCAUGAAUAUAUUAAAUUGUGUGGGGUAUGUGUCGCCAUAUUUUGACAAGUCUGCGCACAACUAUGUUUUGCACAAUGGAUCCUGCUGAGCAACCAAAGCAUAAAUGAGUCAAGUUGAAUUAAGCAAAUAAUAACUUAUACUCCAGAGCUGUACUCACUAUUCUGCUGGUGAGGUCACUGUGUACAUACAUUACAUUACUUAUCCUGUACUGAUCCCGAGUUAUAUCCUGUAUUAUACUCCAGAG